AUCCCAGCCCAAAGUGAGCUCCAGCAACAGAUGGCGACGGCAGGAGCGGCUGGUCGAGGAUCAAAUCUGUCACGGAGGAUGAUCUGAUGGCAGGGACCCGGCCUAUUUCAACAAUCUUGAUCUCCAAUGUUGGAUCUGGGAAAAUACAAGCCAUCCGCGUUUUACUCAAAAUGCACUCUUUAUAGCUGCUAUUUCAAUUUAUUUAAGUAUAUAUUUCGGCUGAAGGCCUCAGAAGCCUCGGACUGGAUUUGGCGACCAACGGUACCAAGCGUAAGGAUACCUCUCCUCGGAAUGUCUCCUUAAAUGUUUUUGAUAAGAUGUUCUGUAUUGAACCGUUGCUCUUUCUGAAGUCUGCUCUGUUCACGUCGUCGCGAAAAAAGUGAAAUUAAUGCGGUUUAGAUUUAAGUUAAGGAUACAAGCUAACUUUUUAGCUACAUAGCAACGCUCUGGAAUGAAUGAAUGAAGCAACGAGCAGGAUUAACUAAACAAAUGUUUACUCCUUACUGGCAGUUUAUGUCACGGUUUCCAACAAUGCGCCACUGAUUUGUCUCUACUCAGGACAACCUUCUGGGCUAACUGUUUUUCGACUGUUACACUGGCUUUCCACCAAUGGACAGGAAUGCUUUGCUUGGGAGUGGAUGGGCAGCGGCAGUUUAACAGGCAGAGAUAGCAGCGCUGUGUGGGCAAAAGACUCAACUGUCGUUUCCUAAUGUUUAUUAGGAAGGGCGAGGUCGGCUUCAGCUAGCUCCACAUAUAUAUGCACUAGUUGGACUUGGCAGCGAUAAGUGUGAAGCUUACGCCCAGAGUUUGGAAUGGGAAACACGGUGUCAUGCUGCGUUUCUCCGGAGUCCAGUCCCAAACUCCCUUCUCGACAACCGGCAGAGCGGCUGGAGGAGUUCCCCACCAGCACCGAAGUCAGCGACGACAACACCGGGCCCUAUCUGCAGCACAUCAGCGACAGGGAGGUUCCUGACGAGCUGGCCUUGGAAUCUAAUCCAUCGGACCACGCCCGGGCAAGCACCAUCUUCCUCAGCAAGUCUCAGACAGACGUGCGCGACAAGAGAAAAAGCAACCACAUAAACCAUAUCAGCCAUGUUUCUCCUGGUCCUCCGUUAAAGAAGUACAGCUCCUGUUCUACCAUCUUCAUAGACGAUAGCACCGUGAGCCAGCCAAACCUCAAAAGCACAAUUAAAUGUGUCACUUUAGCAAUAUACUACCACAUCAAAAAAAGGGACUCUGACAGGUCGCUGGACAUCUUUGAUGAGAAGUUGCACCCUUUAUCAAAAGAGCCAGUGCCAGACGACUACGCAUACGUCGACCCAGAACACAAGCUGAUCUACCGCUUCGUCAGAACGCUCUUCAGCGCUGCACAGCUCACUGCAGAAUGUGCCAUCGUCACACUUGUCUACUUGGAACGUUUGCUGACUUACGCCGAGCUGGACAUUUGUCCUGCCAACUGGAAGCGGAUCGUCCUGGGAGCCAUCCUGUUAGCCUCCAAGGUCUGGGAUGACCAGGCGGUGUGGAACGUGGACUACUGCCAGAUCCUUAAAGACAUCACUGUGGAGGACAUGAACGAAAUGGAGCGCCAGUUUUUGGAACUUCUCCAGUUUAACAUCAAUGUGCCAGCCAGUGUUUACGCCAAGUAUUACUUUGACCUGCGGCAGCUGGCUGACGACAACAACCUCAACUUCCCGCUGGAACCCCUCAACAACCAGCGUGCUCAGAAACUAGAGGUCAUUUCAAGACUGUGUGAAGAUAAGUGCAAGGAUCUGAGUAAAGCAGCAAUGAGACGAUCCCUCAGCGCAGACAACCUGAUAGGUGUGCGACAUUCAAACGCCGUGCUCUCGUAGGCCCCCACCGCUCAGCGAACCCACGGCCGACACGGGAAAAAACCUGCAUAAUCGGAUUGAAGGGGGCUCUGCCUUCUAACGGCGCAGCAUGACCCACUGCUGGUGGUUUGUUACAGCUUUACAGUCGCAUCGUCAACGAAGCUGAAAUGAAGGCUUCUGACUAAAAUGAUUGUCAGCCAUUCUUUUUCCAGGCCUGUUAUUUAUUUCUUUUUUUUAACUCUUCCUUUUCCCCCCAGAAAUGGUGUUAAAAAGUGAAGGAUUUUUAACAGUCACAAAAAAAAAAAAAACAGCAUCAGUAGUGAAAGUUAAGUGUUUUCUGUCUGGAUAGAUGAGGCUCGGGUUGAUUUAAUGUUUUGAUUUUGAAGAAAACUCUAGAAGGAAUGUUCCUCUUUUGGUUCCCGGCGCCCAGAAGAAAACUUGCUUUAACAGGAAAGUCUGUAGAACAAAAACUGUAAUAUUAUAAUUUUUAUUUGAAUGCGGUAGGGGGGGUCAUUCCUCACCAUAUUUUAUCUUUGUUCUGUUUUUGUUUUUUGUUUUUUUACAGCCAUACAGUCUUCAUAAUCAUAUCAAAUUAAUAUUGGGUUUUUGUUUUUUCUUUUCUAUUUUUUUUUACUGAACACAGCACAGAAAAGGUGAAAUUUAUGUUAAUUGUAUCCAAAUAUAUUCACUAAUUAUUUAUCGUAUAAUUGAUCCUCAGGCAUGAGCGUUUAAAAGAAAAAAGCUGUGGAGCAUUAAGAUAUCCGAUGUAAAAGCUUUUGAAUGUCAGCUUUAGCUUUUUUCAGACAUAUUAGCAUUUUAAUUGGAAUAGCUAAAGAUUUAUUCUUGGAUCAAACCGUUCUUGGAAAAAGUGUUGAAUUAUCCACAGUUCUUUCAUGUUUUGUGUGUUUAUGUCAAGAUAUUGUUCAGUGGUCAUGAUCAAAAGUUCUCCUGGCUGUCUUUAUGCUUCCGCUGGAGGAGCGGUAGGGUUUUAUUCCUUUGAAUGACUUAACACUAACCUUAACCUUGAGAUAAAACAUAACGGACCUAAAUCCUCUUUAUAUUAGCCCAGAUAUAACAGUGUUUUAAUUUAUCAUUUAAAGUGAGUAAAUACAUGGCAAUAAAAUAAGAUACGGACAACAUAAGAUAAUGAAAUCCUAAAAAGAUGGAGAUAAAUUGGUUAAUUCUGGGACUGACAGGAAUAAUAAUUAAUAAUUUAAUAAUAUUAAUAAUAAUUUUAGCAUUCUUUGGAGAAAUGUAUUUCAUGCAUCAAAAAACCAUGUGAACCUUUUUUAUGACAAGUUUAAGAAAGAAGUUAAAGUAUUUUCAUUUGAUUAGAGCAGGUCAGACAAAUUACAGGUGAAAUGGCAUGAUUUGCAUUUAAAA